UGGCGGCGGCGCGGGCGGGCGGGCAGCGUUCGGGCCCUGCCCGGGCGGCGGCCCCAGAGCGGCGGCAGCUCCGCCCCCGCUGAGCGCUCCGAGCCGGCACCGCUCCGCCCGCCCCGGCCCCGCUGCGUUCCCCUCGGCCCGGCCCGCACCGUCACAGCCCGGCCCAGAUCGGCCCGCCCCGACACGGAGGCUUCCCGUGGCUCCCGCAGUUCCCCGCAGAAGCGCUAAAAAACCGCUGUAGUUUUUCCGGUUUUGGGUGUUUUGCUGUAGUUUUCUGGUCUUGCGGGACUCGGUGCGCGGGCAGCAUGGGGCUGCCGGCGCUGGAGUUCAGCGAGUGCUGCCUGGACAGCCCGCAGUUCCGGGAACGGCUCCGCUCCCACGAGGCCGAGCUGGAGAAGACCAACAAGUUCAUCAAGGAGCUCAUCAAGGACGGGAAGUCCCUCGUUGUCGCCCUCAAGAACCUGUCGACGGCCAAGCGCAAGUUCGCCGACUCGCUCAACGAGUUCAAGUUCCGCUGCAUCGGGGACGCGGAGACCGACGACGAGAUCUGCAUCGCCAAGUCUCUGCAGGAGUUUGCCACGGUGCUGCGGAACCUGGAAGACGAGAGGAUGCGCAUGAUCGAGAACGCCAGCGAGGUGCUGAUCACACCGCUGGAGAAGUUCCGCAAGGAGCAGAUCGGCGCUGCUAAGGAUGCCAAGAAGAAAUAUGACAAGGAGACAGAGAAGUAUUGUGGUGUCCUAGAAAAGCACUUGAACUUGUCUUCUAAGAAGAAAGAAUCCCAGCUCCAGGAGGCAGACAGCCAGGUGGACCAGGUCCGGCAGCACUUCUAUGAGGUCUCCCUGGAGUAUGUCUUCAAGGUACAAGAGGUGCAGGAGAGGAAGAUGUUUGAAUUCGUGGAACCUCUGCUGGCCUUUCUGCAGGGGCUUUUCACUUUCUACCACCACGGCUAUGAGCUUGCCAAGGACUUCAGUGACUUCAAGACAGAGCUGACAAUCAGCAUCCAGAAUACAAGGAAUCGGUUUGAAGGAACCAGGUCAGAGGUUGAGUCUUUGAUGAAGAAGAUGAAGGAGAACCCUCAUGAGCACAAAAACAUCAGCCCUUACACCAUGGAGGGUUACCUCUACGUGCAGGAGAAACGUCACUUUGGGACCUCCUGGGUGAAGCAUUACUGCACGUACCAGAGGGAAACCAAGAAGAUCACCAUGGUGCCCUUUGACCAGAAGUCUGGAGGCAAAGGGGGAGAAGAUGAAGCUGUCAUCCUCAAGUCCUGCACACGACGGAAAACAGACUCCAUAGAGAAGAGGUUUUGCUUCGACGUGGAAGCUGUUGACCGCCCUGGAGUGAUCACCAUGCAGGCUCUGUCUGAAGAGGACCGAAGGCUGUGGAUGGAGGCGAUGGAUGGCCGGGAACCGGUCUACAACUCCAACAAGGACAACCAAAGCGAAGGCACUGCCCAGUUGGAUAAUAUUGGCUUCAGCAUCAUCAAGAGGUGCAUCCAUGCUGUGGAGACCAGAGGGAUCAAUGAACAAGGGCUCUACCGCAUCGUUGGAGUCAACUCCAGAGUUCAGAAGCUGUUGAGUGUGUUAAUGGAUCCCAAAGCAGCUACAGAAACAGAAACAGAGAUCUGUGCAGAGUGGGAGAUAAAGACCAUCACCAGUGCACUGAAAACCUACCUGAGGAUGCUCCCAGGGCCACUCAUGAUGUACCAGUUUCAAAGGAGCUUCAUCAAAGCAGCCAAGCUGGAGAACCAGGAGUCGCGGGUCUCGGAGAUCCACAGCCUCGUCCAUCGGCUCCCAGAGAAAAACAGGCAGAUGCUGCACUUGCUCAUGAACCACUUGGCAAAAGUUGCAAAUAAUCACAAGCAGAACCUGAUGACUGUUGCUAAUCUGGGUGUGGUGUUUGGGCCGACGCUGCUUCGCCCUCAAGAGGAAACAGUUGCUGCCAUUAUGGACAUCAAGUUUCAGAACAUCGUCAUUGAGAUUUUAAUAGAAAACCAUGAGAAGAUCUUUAACACGGUGCCAGACACUCCAGCCCCCAACUCCCAGCUGCUGCUAUCUCGCAAGAAGAGCACAGAGUCGAAGCCUCCCUCCUGCAGCGAGAGGCCCCUGACGCUCUUCCACACCCCCCAGGGCAACGAGAAGCAGGAGAACAGGAACAGCAUCAUCAACUCCAGCCUGGAAUCUGUCAUCUCGUCGAAUGCCAACAGCCUCCUCAACUCCACCAGCGCUGCCCAGCCCAGCCUCACCUCCAGCGACCUCGAGCUCGAAGUCAUCAAACCCACCAGGCCCAAUUCACUCCCUCAGAAUCCAAGCCCAACGUCACCCCUCUCACCGUCCUGGCCCAUGUUCUCCGCGCCAUCCAGCCCUAUGCCCACCUCCUCUACGUCCAGCGACUCAUCCCCCAUCAGCUCUCCCCUGCGGAAGGCGCGGGCCCUCUACGCCUGCAAGGCAGAGCACGACUCGGAGCUCUCCUUCACCGCCGGCACCAUCUUCGACAACGUUCACCCAUCCCAGGAGCCUGGCUGGCUGGAAGGGACCCUCAACGGCAAGACAGGAUUAAUCCCGGAGAACUACGUGGAGUUCCUAUGACUCUGGGCAUCUGAAGGGCCACUGCUGAGCUUUCCAUGGUAUCCAUGGCAGCUGCUGGUGGCAUCCUGCAGACCACUUUGCUCUCUGCCGCCGUGCAGCGCGGGGCGAGCACCGCCCUGUGCCCGCUGAGAUGAAUGUUUGUGUGGAUAAUCUCCUUGGUGUCUCCUGUGGUGCUGGGGCUGUGGGGCGAGUGGUCCUGGGGACGCCUCACCUCCUCCAGCCCCGAGCAGAGGCAGGUGAUGCCCGAAGCCCAUGUCCCCGCUGGAAGCCCUCCCAGCAGCCAACAAACCCCAGCAGCGCAGCGGCUCUCUGCUCUGAGCCUGCAAACUCUGACCAGCAGGAGAGAAGCCACCACACUGAUGAUCCCUGCUGGGAGCCUGCAAAGAGCUUCAGUGGGAGCUGAGGAACCCAAACCCAUCGCCCUUCCCUCUGGAGAAAGAGCAGUCAGCAGUGAGGAGUCCUUUGCGCCCAGGCUCUUCGCUGCUUUCCAACCAGCCCAAGUGAAGCUCUCCUGUGCUGCCCAGGAGCAGCCCAGCCCUUCUCAUGCCACGGGGGAAGGGGUGAGGUGCUUGCGGCUGACAUCAAACCGCAGGCUGGGCCUGCAGCAGCAGCUGGGAUGAGGCUGAGCUCCCCUUGGCAGCGCCGGUGAGGUGGUGGCCGCCCUGCCCUGCCCCAGCAGAGAUCUGCUCUUGCAGGCGAGAGCGAGAUGCUCAGUGGGCUCUGCAGGGUGGGCACAGGGGUGGCUGAGAGCUGCCAGCGCUUGUCAGGGUGGAGGGGAGAAGAUUUUGGACCAAACCUCUCCAGGUCUGCUGCUGGAUUUGUUGAGGGUUCUGGGGUUUGUGAGGUGCAGGUCAGUGCUUCUUGCCCUUUCCUUCCUGGAGGGCUGUAGGCAGCUCGCCAGGAGCACCCCUCCUGUGGCUGGACUGAUGGGUUGUGUCUGCCCUUUCCAAAGCACAUCCAUCCACGCUUCUGUGAAUGCCCAGGCUGCUGCUGUGCCAUUUUGGAGCUGCGUUUGCCACUCUCCACCGUCGCUUUGUUGUGGUGGUCUCCUUGCUUGCAGCCUGGCACGUCGCCUGUCCGUGCCAAGUCUGUGCAGUACUGGUUGUGCAAGGUCAAUUAUUUCCAUCCUCACAGGACAUUUGUUGUUGGGGUGGCCAAGCUGUGGUCUACAAAGAACUAAGAACAAGCCCUUUGGCUCCACCACCACUCUGGUCCUGCCCUGCAGAAGAUGCUUGUGUCUCCAUGGAUGCGGCGAGUGGUUGGCAGAGUGAGUCUGCAAAUCCCUCACCAGUCCAGGAGGAAGAAACUCCUUACCGUGAGGGUGGGGAGGCACUGGACCAAAUUGCC